AUGAUCCGGCGAAUCCCUGCUGCAGUGCGUGAUUUUCUGUCUGCCGCAUCUGCAGUGUAUUUUUAUCCAGAUAAACCCUGGCUGGUGACAGCUCAUCAGAUCACCCAAAUACCCAGAGGUGGAUACAGGGCAACCUAUCCUUUGGUCACAACACUGCCACCCGAACCUCGGCUGGCUCCUUCCCUUCCUGGACAGAAGGAUAAUGGGGAAGAGGUGGACGAGGAACCUGCAGCUAUUACCUCAGCAGGACCAAUGCUCCACAUGAGCUCUCUGCUGGGAGCUGAAAGUGCAGAACAUCACACAUUUCUCCUGUCGGACACCUUCAGCAGAAUCGCGACAGCCCCAGACGAACCCAAGGCCAGGCUGCAGACGACAUUGCAGCUGACAGAGGAGGUGCUGGAGCAACUGAGUGGCAUUGUGAACCAGGGGGACCCUGAGACGAGAUUCACUGAGUUUGUUCAAGUUGGCCAAGGGGGUUUCGGGACGGUUUACAGAGCCACGGACCCAGCCACGGGAGGUGUGGUGGCCCUAAAGAAGAUGCCUCUUUACAAACGGAGCAGAGGGGAACUCAUUGUCAACGAGAUUCGGAUCAUGAAGGAAAACAGGCAUCCCAAUAUUGUCAACUAUAUAGACAGCUACCUGGUGGGUGAAGACCUGUGGCUCGUGAUGGAUUAUGUGGAUGGAGGCACUUUAACCAGCGUUCUUGUCCAAGUCCUUAUAGAGGAAACAGUGAUAGCUGCCAUCACCAAGGAGUGCCUCAAAGCCCUGGAUUUCCUUCAUUCAAGGAAUGUGAUCCACAGAGAUAUCAAGAGUGACAAUAUUCUUCUCGGGAUGGACGGGUCUGUGAAACUGACCGAUUUUGGCCUGUGCGCUCAGCUGACCCCGGAGCGGAGCACACGGUGCACAGUGCUUGGCUCCCCUUACUGGGUAGCCCCAGAAAUCCUGAAAAGAAAGGGAUAUAACACCCAAGUGGACAUCUGGGCCCUUGGGAUCGUGGCCAUUGAAAUGAUGGAGGGAGAACCGCCGUACUUUGAGGAAAGCCCUCUCCAGGCUCAGCGCCUGAUAGCCAGGAACAAGUACCCGCCUCUGAGGAUGCCCAGCAGGAUGUCGCUUCUGUUCCACGCCUUCCUGCACUCCUGCCUGGACUCCGACCCCAGCAUCCGCUGGACAGCCAAGGAGCUCCUGCAGCAUCCAUUUUUAAACACAGCCGUGGGUCUCUCUGUCGUGCCUAAAAUGAUCUGUGUAGCCAGGAGCAUCUGCCAGACCAUGGAAGGACUUCAUACCAACAGUGCCAGAGCCGAGUAA